AUGCCUGAUGUCUCCCUACCAUAUUUCGUGACUAAAGCAGAUAACAUCGAUGAAUCCGACACACGUGAGUAUCAAACCGAUACAGACAAUGUAGUUGGAAGUACUGAACUUCCUUCUAGCCAGACAGAGAAGGGAGAGUUGAAUGCAGAAAGUGUUGCAGAUAAAUCAGCAGAUGCCAGUACUGAGAUUGAAAAUGCUACGCACCAAACACCACAUGCCUCAGGAGACGGGCAAAUUGUUAUCGAUGGCCAAAAAGCCACAGCAGAUCGAGAAAAUGUCACAGAUGAUAAGGACAGUGUCACACUGAAAGUGACAGAAACGAGUGAUGAUGAUAAACAGGAGUCUGUUGGCGAAGGUGGCGAUGACCACGAGGAAAGUGCUGAAGAUGACAAAGAGAAAGAUGGUAAAGUCAGGGAUGAAGGUGAUGAAACGGCUGAUGACAACGAUGAAAUGCAAGGACGAGAUGAAAAGGUCCAGGACAAAGAUGGGAAGGAUCCAAUUAAUGAUGGGAAAGAUACAAUUGUGAGCCAGGAUCGAGCCGAUUAUGGGGACGACACACAUGACGAUAAAGAUGCCGGUGAUAAGGAGAAGGAAGAUUCUGGAGGUAAGGCUGUAGACGACUCAGAUAAAGAUGAAAAUGACGAUACAGCGCAAACGACGAUCCAGGGCUCAGAUUACAAGGAAAUGAUGGACGUAUACGAUAUAGUGGUGGAGAGUGACCGGGAUCUGACUUUUGAAGAGGCGAUGCGAGUGCGCCAGAGCGAUCGGUGGGACACACUACGUUCGCCACAGCAAAAGGUGGUCAAGAAAGCCUACAUUUCCAGUCGCCAAGAGGAAGCGAAAGGAAGUGCACUCAAGUAUUCUGUGCUACAGUCACGCGACGAUGUGAUUGGACAAUCACCGGUCGAUCCAAGCCAAACACGCGUGGUUUACGCCAACCCAGAUCUUGGGAGUGAACUGAGUAAGGAGAACGGGAAGUAUGCGGCCUGCGAGCAAGCGAAUAUGUACAUCGUCGUGAAGGAUAAGAAUGGGGAUCGAGUGACAGAUGGAUCACAAUCUUGGACGGUUGACCUGCGAGGCCCAGCGAUUCUCACACCGGAAGUUCGGUACCUAGAGAAUGGAGUUUAUCAGAUCACUUUCACGCCCUUCACUCCAGGUGCGCAUGCCACAAUUAAUCCGAAUGAUUUGUUAGAAACAUGUACUCAGCGUCAUUUGCAAAGGCUUGCCGGAUACACAUAUGGGUAG